AUGCAAAUGAUUAUAAUACUGAUAAGAUCGGUGUAUGUGAUGGAUAACUCGUAUCCUGACCAGGAUAGUGGACAUAUCGGAGAAAGUUCUUCAAGCAACACUUUCAUAUAUCCUGGUAUAGAAGUAGUCGGCCAUCCUACGCAGUUGACCGCGUGUAGCGAUGGAUCACAAGAACAUGCACAACAUGAUAGUGAAAGUGCGGGAGCGAGCAGCUCAGGAAAACGCAAGAGAAUGAGCGGACAAUCGAAUGAAGGUCGCUCGGACAGGCUUGAAAAGUUGCAAAAUGUCAUUUUUAAAGUGAUAAAUAAGAGAGAAGAUUUUAGUCAGGAAUGUGAUCAAAAAACAAAGGAUAACCAAGGAGAUUUGGAGUUGUCCAGGUAUUUUGAUAAUCUAAAAGAAAUGUUGAUUAAGUCUGCACGUUGUUUACGUAUAAAUAAGGGAAGGAUAGUUAAUACGGGAACAGAUAAUUGUGAUAUUUUGUCACAUAUUUCAGAAUAUUUUACAUCUUGA